GUGCGGGGAAUCACACAGAACCGCAGGACCGAGCUAAGCUUUCCCGUAGGGCAGAUUUGAGUGGUUUCAAACAAGAAACUGCGCUACAUUUAAUACAUUUAAAGCAAGACCCAUUGAUAGAGAUUAAAGUUGACAAAAAAUCUAUCGCAAGCCUAGGCAACUUUUUAAACGUCAUCGAGGGCAUCAUAUGCGAGCAAAAUGCAAAAUUAUUUCAAAUCCAUUUACUCAGUCUGUGUUAUAAUCAAUAUGAUUUUGAUACCAUUAUCUUUUGGUGAGAUGUAUACGUCAUUAUUGAACGUCAAACAAGCCAUCAUUGUUGAAAGACAACUUAUUGAUCAUUUAGAAACUUAUAUUGAACACGAAUCGGAGAGACUUGAAGACAUCAAAAGGUUUUAUGCAAAGGUGUCAGAAUUGCACAGUGAGGUGUACAAUGGACCAUCAGCUGCUAUGGCAAACCCCUUGGUGGCGUUUACUCUUAUCAAGCGCUUGCAGUCCGAGUGGAUUAAUCUGAUCUACAGCGAUGAAGCACAAGAGAACACCCAAGCCUUCAGGUCCGGUUACGAGGAGGUGGAGGAGGAGGGAAGCUUGCCAAAACUGGAGGACCUUCAGGGGGCGGCCAAUGGGUUGAUGAGACUGCAGGAUGUGUAUGCCCUUCAAGUGGGGGGACUUGUGAGAGGUCACUUCCAGAGGAUCACUAACGGCAACCCCAUUGAAAUCUACAGUCCCACAAUAUCUGUUCUUCUUUCUGGGGAUGACUGCUUCCUGGUUGGGAAGGUUGCCUAUGAGUUGGAGGACUACUACCACUCAGUGCAGUGGCUGGAGGAGUCAGUGCGUCUUUUCCGAAGGGCAGGGGGGGAAUGGAGCCCAGAGAAUGAGGGAACUCUGGAAGAUGCUCUGGAUCACCUGGCCUUCUCUCACUUCAAGACAGGAAACAUCUCCUAUGCACUGAGUCUCUCUCAGGAAUUGUUGAACCAUGAUCCCAUGAACAGGAGAGUUUUGAAGAAUGUAGAGAAGUAUGAGCGACUGCUUGUUGACAAUCCACCAUCACUGAGCGCUGACACUGGGUUGAAGAGGCCCAACACCACCUAUCUACGGACAAGGAACACCUACGAGAGACUGUGUCGGACACAGGGCACUCCGCCAAUGCGUUAUGAAAACCCCCGGCUGUUCUGUGACUAUUUCAACAAUGACAGUCCUGGGCUACUACUGCAGCCAAUCAGACGGGAGGUGCUGAGCUUGCAGCCGUAUGUGGUCCUCUACCACAGCUUCAUCACUGACUCAGAGGCAGAGCGCAUCAGGGACCUCGCCCAGACAGGGUUAAGGAGAUCUGUGGUGGCAUCUGGAGAGGAACAGGCUACUGCAGAGUAUCGCAUCAGCAAGAGUGCAUGGCUAAAGGACACAGUCCACCCUAUCAUUGGGAGGCUGGACCAGAGAAUCACCUUGCUCACAAGUCUCAAUGUGCAGCCUCCGUAUGCAGAGUACCUCCAAGUGGUGAACUAUGGGAUUGGAGGACACUAUGAACCUCAUUUUGACCAUGCAACGUCAGCAUCAAGCCCCCUUUUUAGGCUCAACACUGGGAAUCGAGUGGCAACCUUCAUGAUAUACCUCAGUUCAGUGGACGCAGGUGGGUCCACAGCCUUCAUCCACGCUAACUUUAGCAUUCCUGUUGUGGAGAAUGCUGCCCUCUUCUGGUGGAACCUCCAUAGGAACGGUCAAGGAGAUGGGGACACUCUGCAUGCUGGCUGCCCUGUCCUUGUUGGGGACAAAUGGGUGGCUAACAAAUGGAUCCAUGAGCACGGCCAGGAGUUCCAGAGACGCUGCAGCCCAAAUCCUGAGGAGUGAGAAGAGAGAAAGCAGCUGCUGGGACCGCUUGGAGUACAAGAACCAGCCUCCACAAUGGAGCCGUGUGCGCCACGCAGGCAGAGAGGGAGGGAACGAGAGAGAGUGCAAGAGAGGGCAUGCGAGAGCGCUUGAGGCUGGGGGAGGGGAAGGCAGCCAAAGAGCAGCCUGCAUCUGUGAUUGGAGCUUCAGGCACAAGGGAACGAGGAGCACAGACACUGCUGGAGGGGGCUGGAAUGGCAGGGGGCUGACUUGGUUUUGGGAAGGAGGAGGUGAUGGUGGGGGAGAAGGGCAUUUGGCAAUCAGCCCCAAAGGCAGAGUGGCCUCUUGCUCCUACUCCCCAGUCAGUCCCUGCUGGAGCAGAGAGAGAGAGAGAGGCCUCUUGCUCCUACUCCCCAGUCAGUCCCUGCUGGAGCAGAGAGAGAGAGAGAGGCCUCUUGCUCCUACUCCCCAGUCAGUCCCUGCUGGAGCAGAGAGAGAGAGGCCUCUUGCUCCUACUCCCCAGUCAGUCCCUGCUGGAGCAGAGAGAGAGAGGCCUCUUGCUCCUACUCCCCAGUCAGUUCCUGCUGGAGCAGAGAGAGAGAGGCCUCUUGCUCCUAGUCCCCAGUCAGUCCCUGCUGGAGCAGAGAGAGCGAGAGAGGCCUCUUGCUCCUACUCCCCAGUCAGUCCCCGCUGGAGCAGAGAGAGAGAGGCCUCUUGCUCCUACUCCCCAGUCAGUCCCUGCUGGAGCAGAGAGAGAGAGAGGCCUCUUGCUCCUACUCCCCAGUCAGUCCCUGCUGGAGCAGAGAGAGAGAGGCCUCUUGCUCCUAGUCCCCAGUCAGUCCCUGCUGGAGCAGAGAGAGCGAGAGAGGCCUCUUGCUCCUACUCCCCAGUCAGUCCCCGCUGGAGCAGAGAGAGAGAGAGAGGCCUCUUGCUCCUACUCCCCAGUCAGUCCCUGCUGGAGCAGAGAGAGAGACAGAGGCCUCUACACUCACACACUGGGCUGGUUUCAGUUAACGCUGCUAGGCUGUUUGUCUGUUUGUUUGAAAAUCAAUGUAAAAAUAAGUAUAAUGCAGCCUUUUGAAAACUAAUGCACUGAAUCUGUCAGGAUACGCUUCACACGGACUGAUCUCAUUAGCACAGCGCUGAUCUUUACCAUCAGAAUUGAGUUCGAAUUAUAUUUCUCUAACCAUCUCACACCUUAAGAAUGUAGUUAAGAGCAGCGCUGUGAUUGAGGAAAAAGGUUAUUGGGACUUUUUCCCAUUCAUGCUGUCAGUUCAGGAAACCAAAGGAGAUGAGGUAGUCGUCUCUCCCACUGAGCGGCUUGCUGACAUUUGGUGUGCUCUCUAUUGCUCAUCUCCUUGUAGCUAAUGGGGUGCAUAUGAGUCAAACCUGUUGUGUCUUCUAGCUCCCAUUCAGAGGCAUAAUUAAUUAGUCAUGGUCUGUAAAACAGAUGAUUGGAUGAAUGCAUCUGCUUUAGUACAGAGUCUCUGACCUCACUACAAAUCCUGGGUAUCUAGCUGCAUACCAGCCAGCCAAAAUAUGUGUUUGUAUGUAGGUCAAAACACCUCUGAAAAGAGUGCAUACCAACUUUCACACCUAGUCUAUGAGGAAGUGAGGAGUGAAAUGUACUGUCGGCUCCCUCUCUUUGGGCUGGGUGCUGCCUUUUGAGUGACAGGGACUGUUGAAGGGAGAGGGGUUCAACAAGGAUAAUAUCUCUGCCUGCUGGGAUGUAAGGAAGUUUUCCCUCCGGUGCACAACCCCGUACCACCCCUAACCUUUAGACACACACACCACACACAGAUACAAACACAGAGGUCGUAUACUAAAGGAAUGCUACAUUCUCCCAGCUGCAUUCCUUAACAGUAGACCUUGAUUGUUCCCCCUGGAGUGGAUUGACAGGAGGCCCAUGUUUGAUAAAAUGCAUGGAGGAUGGAGGUUAUGCCUUUGGCGUUUCUCCAACCAAGAACAUUUCUAUUCUAUGGAAUUCUCAAACUUUAUAUGAUUUCAAAAUAAAUAACUUCAACAAAAA